AUGGCUCUUUCCUGCGGAAGCUGCACGCUCGGCAAGACCGCUGUGUCCGGUCUCUCUCUAAAAAAUGACGCAACCCUCGCGUCGGCCAAGAGCGCCGUCGUCAUGUCGCCCAUGCCACGUGUCGAGAAGCUGAGCGCCGCUGGCAAGAAGGCCGCAGCUGUCGUGGUCAGCGUGAGGUCGCAAGCCGUCGCCACCGCGACCACGAAGCGCGGCGCGGAGGUGCAGUUCGAGAGCAAGGUGUUCACCAAGGAGAAGAUCAACCUCGCCGGCCGUGAGGAGUACAUCGUCCGCGGUGGGCGCAACCUCUACCCGCUGCUCGCGGAGGCUUUCAAGGGCAUUAAGAAGAUCGGCGUCAUCGGCUGGGGUUCCCAGGGGCCCGCUCAGGCGCAGAACAUCCGCGACUCUCUCGCGGAGAUCAACUCCGAUAUCACCGUCUCCAUUGGUCUGCGCCCCAGCUCGUCCUCAGCGAAGGAUGCGCGCCGAUGCGGAUUCACGGAGGAGGCGGGCACGCUGGGUGACGUCACCAAGGUCAUCUCUGAGAGCGACCUGGUCAUUCUCCUCAUCUCCGACGCUGCUCAGGCGGACAAUCACGAGGCGAUUCUGGGAGCCAUGAAGCCUGGCGCCGUCUUGGGACUCUCCCACGGGUUCCUGCUGGGCCACCUGCAGUCGCUGGGAAAGGGUUUCCCCGACGACAUCAGCGUGGUGGCCGUGUGCCCCAAGGGCAUGGGGCCGUCCGUGCGGCGCCUCUACGUGCAGGGCAAGGAGGUGAACGGCUCGGGCAUCAACGCCUCGUUCGCCGUGCACCAGGACGUGGACGGCCGCGCCACUGAAGUGGCUCUGGGCUGGUCCGUGGCCCUGGGCUCGCCCUUCACCUUCGCCACCACGCUGGAGGACGAGUACAAGAGCGAUAUCUUCGGGGAGAGAGGUAUUCUCCUGGGCGCGGUGCACGGGCUGGUGGAGGCGCUGUUCCGGCGCUACACGGCGGGCGGCAUGAGCGACGAGGAGGCCUUCAAGAACACCGUGGAGUGCAUCACUGGCAACCUCUCCAAGACCAUCUCCACCAAGGGCAUGCUCUCUGUAUAUGACUCUCUUUCUGAGGAGGGCAAGAAGGAGUUUGAGACGGCCUAUGCCGCCUCCUACUACCCCGCAAUGGACAUUCUUCUCGAGUGCUAUGAGGACGUUGCCUGCGGCAACGAGAUCCGCUCCGUCGUGCUCGCUGGCCGCCGCUUCUCGCCCAAGGAGGGCUUCCCGUCCUUCCCCAUGGGCAAGAUCGAUCAGACGCACAUGUGGAAGGUCGGGGAGAAGGUCCGUGCAGCCCGCGCCCCUGGCGCCCUCGGCCCGCUCCACCCCUUCACCGCGGGCGCCUACGUGGCAGUCAUGAUGGCUCAGAUCCAGGUGCUGCGGCUGAAGGGGCACUCGUACAGUGAGAUCUGCAACGAGAGUGUGAUUGAGGCGGUGGACUCACUCAACCCCUUCAUGCACGCCCGGGGCGUCGCCUUCAUGGUUGACAACUGCUCCACUACUGCCCGCCUUGGCUCCCGCAAGUGGGCUCCCCGCUUUGACUACAACCUGAGCCAGCAGGCGUUUGUGGCGGUGGACAACAACACACCGGUGGAUGCAUCCAUCAUUGCGGCCUUCAAGAGCGACCCCGUGCACGAUGCCCUCGCCGGCUGUGCCUCUCUGCGCCCCUCUGUGGACAUUGCGGUUACCGCCGAUGCCGACUAUGUCAGGGAGGAGCUCCGCCAAUAUGUUCCGUCUUUCCUGCCCCCUCCAUCGCAAAGUCCGCUUGCGGGAAUUCUAUCCAAGGACAAGAAUGCGUUCAGCCUGGAGGAACCAGAGGCGCCAGCCGAGCCCGUGCCAAAGCCAAAGGAGCAGAAGAAGCCGCGCAACAUCGAUUUCUUUAUGCAGGAGCUGAAGCAGGAGCAGGAGCUGCGCGAGCAGAGGGAGAAGGAGCUCAAAGAGCGAGCGGAAGCGAGGGCGGCAGGCAAGCCGUAUGGCAACGAGGGGCAGCCGUCGCUGCUGGGGGGUGAGGGCACGGAUCUACUGCAGCCGUUCCCAGAUGGCGUUAGAAGGAGGCCGUCCAAGUUCGACUCAGGGCCGCCCCUCAUGGCGACGCCUCCGGGCAUCACCACCGUUUCCACCGACGAUGGGGGAGACCCCCUCACCACCAACCUCUAUGUCGGCAACCUGUCCCCGAAGGUGGACGAGAACUUUCUCCUGAGGACGUUUGGGAGGUUUGGGCCGAUAGCGAGCGUGAAGAUCAUGUGGCCGCGCACAGAGGAGGAGCACCGCCGACAGCGCAACUGCGGCUUCGUGGCGUUCAUGAAGCGCGCCGAUGCUGCCAAGGCCAAGAACGAGAUGGACUGCAUGGUGGUGUACGAGUAUGAGAUCCGCAUAGGGUGGGGCAAGGCCAUCUCUCUGCGGCUCUGCCUGCCUCGGCCCUCCCGGCGCCUCCCCCCAGCCAGAUGGCAGUUCGCCCCAAGGAGCUGCCGCCCAACUCAGGAGAGGCUGUUGCUGCCAACAGCCCUUACUGGCGCUUCCAGCAACACUGUUAUUGCCAAUAGCGCCCGCAAUUCACACCCAUCUCCUUACCUGCCCCACCUCCCCCUACCCCCUCUUCCCGCUCCCCCUCUGCCCCACACCCACACACAUCCAGGCAUGGUGGUGUACGAGUAUGAGAUCCGCAUAGGGUGGGGCAAGGCCGUCUCUCUGCCCGCCUCGGCUCUCCCAGCGCCUCCGCCCGGCCAGAUGGCUGUUCGCCCCAAGGAGCUGCCGCCCAACUCAGGAGAGGCUGUUGCUGCCAACAGCGCUGUUAUUGCUAACAGUGCUGACCCUCUUGCUGCUGCUGCCGCCGCUGCUGCUGCUGCUGCUGCUGCGAUCAACAUGGCUAGCUUGGGAGCAGAGAAUGCGGAAGUGGUCAUCACGCCGAACGUGCCAGACAUCAAGAUAGUCCCGCCCAAGGAUCCACAUCAGCGCCACGUCAUCGACACGCUGGCGCUGUACGUGCUGGACGACGGGUGCAUGUUGGAGCAGGCCAUCAUGGAGCGCGGCCGCGGCAACCCGCUCUUCUCCUUCCUCUUCGAUCUUGGCUCGCCCGACCACACUUAUUAUGUGUGGCGAGUCUUCUCUUUUGCACAGGGAGACACCCUACAGCGGUGGCGCACAGAUCCCUACAUCAUGAUAUCAGGCAGUGGCAGGUGGAUUCCGCCUACUUUGCCCAAGACGGACGAGCUCGCGGGGCCCACCAUCCUAGAUAAGGACAAGGGCGGCUCCACCUACGCUGCAGGGAAGCCAAAGGAGCAUUCUCUGACAGACAAGCAGCGGGACAGGUUUGAGGAGAUGCUGAGGGGACUCCCUUUGGAGGAGCACUCACUGACAGACAAGCAGCGGGACAAGUUUGAGGACUUUCUGAGGCGACUUCCUCUGGAGAGGGAGGAUAUUUGCAACGCCAUGGCGUUUGCCCUCGACCACGCAGAAGCAGCCUCUGACACCCGUCCCCCCUGCCCCCUGUUUGAGGAUUUACUGAGGCGGCUCUCUCUGGAGAGGGAGGAUAUCUGUAACGCCAUGGCGUAUGCCCUCGACCAUGCAGAAGCACGGCUGAUAAGGACGCUCACUCCCCUCCAACGCUCUGAACCACUGCUUGUUUGUUUGUUCUCCUGUCUUCUCUUGACCCUGUGUCCUUCUCAGGAGCACUCGCUGACGGACAAGCAGCGGGAUAAGUUUGAGGACUUACUGAGGCGACUUUCUCUGGAGAGGGAGGACAUCUGCAACGCCAUGGCGUUCGCUUUAGACCACGCAGAAGCAGCCACAGACAUAGUCGAAGUGCUGAUUGAAUCCCUCACCCUCCUCGAAACGCCCAUCCCCCUUAAAGUCGCACGCCUGAUGCUUGUAUCAGACAUCCUCCACAACUCGUCUGCCCCCGUCCGGAACUCGUCGGCCUACCGGACCGCUUUCCAGGGGUAUUUACCCGACGUGAUGGAGAGUUUCAACGACUGUUUGAGCGUGGUUUCGGGCAGGAUGACUGCUGAGGCUCUCAAGGACCGUGUGCUGAAAGUGAUUCAGGUGUGGGCGGAUUGGUUUUUGUUCUCCGAGGCGUAUUUGAACGGGCUUAGAAUGACGUUUCUGAGGGCGGUUGGGACGGCUGUGCCUCCGUUUCACACUCUGCCGGAGGAUGAAGAGGAGGAGGAGCAAGGGGGAGGUGGGAAUGGGCCUGGUGGGUCAAAAGAUGCGAAUCAAGGUGCGGGUGGUGUUGGUGGUGGUGCUGACGCUGCUGCUGCUUCGGCAGAAGGAUCAGCAGUACCAGCAGCAGAGGGAGACACAGCAGCAGCAGCAGCAGCAGCAGCAGAGGCUUCUGUGCCGGUUUCUCCAGAGGAGGCAGCCCGAAAGGAGCUUCUCGCACUCCCAUUGGUGGAGCUCAAGCGUCGCUGCAAGCACAACGGCUUAUCAACCCGAGGGGGAGUGCCUAUCAUGGUGGCCCGACUGCUUUCGUUAGAUGCGGCUGAACAGGCUAAGAAGGCUGCCGAAGCAGAGGCAGCUGCUGCGGCGGCUGCUGCGGCCGAAGCUGCGGCAGAGGCUCGGAGGGCGAACAUCGCGAAGCGAAUGGAAGGGAGUGUGGGGUGGUCGGGAUGGGUUGAGGUGAAGAAGGAGGAGAAGGAAGGGAGCAAGGGCGAUGUGGGUGGGGAGGGGGGUAAGGCUGGUACUGCUGCUGAUAGUGGUGGUGCUGCACUGCCAAAGAAGUUUGUCCUGCCUACACCUGAGCUUAAAGCCUUUGGAUCGAAAUUGGAGAAACUGGAGAAACUAGGGCCGCUUCUGAAAUCGGUUAAGCUUAAGCUGGAAAAGAAAGCCGUCGGUUUGCCCCAGUCAAAGUGGAAUAAGGAUGAUGAGGAUGAAGAUGAGGAGGGGGGAGGAAAGGGAGAGGAUGAAGAGGGGAAUGAGGAGGGGGAUGAUGACGAGAGGGGAGGGAAGAAGGGGAAGAAGAGGAGGGAAUCGGUAGGUGGGAGUGAUGCUGCGGAUGGUUCUCGUUCUGCUGGUGUUGCGGCUCCGUCCCCCUUUAAAGCUGCCUCGAUUGUCUCAUACAACUCGUCAGACGAAGACGAAGGCUCACCACCCCGGCGCACCUCCGCCGCCCACCGAAACUCUGUCUCUUCUGGGGGAGGUGGUAUCCAGGGGAGCCGGCAGAUGCACAUUCAAGACCAGCAGGAGGAGGAGGAGAGGAGGGCAAAGCAGAGGAAACUAGAGCUAGCAGUUUUGGAGUUUAGAGAUGCCUUAGAGGCUCAGAAUUUCAAGGCUUUUGAGGUGGAAGUGAAGGUUGCGGCGCACAGGAAGAAGCUUGAAGAAGAAAUGGCGGCUGGGACGUGGCCGCCCAUGAUUGGUCGGUUGGCGUCGGGUGGGCGACAAGCGUCGGCUGCGUACGGGGCACCGCUUGGGACUCCAGCCCAUCCCCAAACAUCGCAUUUGGACCUAUCGCCUUCCGCGUCCCCCACGCUUCUCCCCACCGUCUCUCACACACCUCCCCACGCACACGCCCACGCUUCCCCUCACCGUCGCCCACGCUUUCCCCCACCGUCGCUCACGCUUCCCCUUACCGCCGCUCACGCUUCCUCCUGCCUUCCCCCACGCUUCCCCACACCGUCGCUCACGCCUUCCCCCACCUUCCCUCACGAUUCCCCUCUCAUCGCCCACGGUUCCUCCUACCGUCGCCCACGCUUCCUCCCACCGUCGCCCACGCUUCCUCCCACCGUCGCCCACGCUUCCCCCCACCGUCGCCCACGCUUCCCCCCACCGUCGCCCACGCUUCCCCCCACCGUCGCCCACGCUUCCCCCCACCGUCGCCCACGCUUCCCCCCACCGUCGCCCACCGCCACCGUCGCCCACCGCCACCGUCGCCCACCCCCACUGUCGCCCACGCUUGCCCUCCCAUCGCCCUCGGUUAGCCUUCCCGCCGACCUCCCUUCUCUCCCACCUCUCUCCACGUCGUCGCUCACGCUCUCCCCAUUACCACCUUCUCUACUCCUACCAUCGCCCAUGGUUACCACCCCACCCUUAUUUCCUUCUCUCGCAUUCUCCCUCCCCAUCAGCCUCUCACCCACCCUGGGCGGGGAGGUAUGGCGGGCUGGGCUGGGAGCUGGGGAAGGGGUCGUGACUCGUUCGCUGUGGGGUGGUGGUGCGGCUUUGGAGCAGAGUGUUUGGCGCACAGCCAGGGCAGCGCGUGCAGGCGGGCAGCAAGGAGUGCAAUGCUGCAGGGGGCGGGUCAGGGGAGCGGGGGAGGCGGGGGAGGCGGGGCAGGGGAGGCGGGGGUUAGGGAGAGAGGGUGCAGGGAUCCUCCUAUCCCCCGUUCCACCCUUAUACCCUGCCACACUUUUACCUCCUGCCCUCCUCCCUUACUCCGUUCUGUCGUUCCCCCACAGUCGUCCUCCUCUCCCUCUCCCUUCCUCCCUUCCUCCAUCUCUCUGCCUCACUACCCUCUUUACCCUCUCUGUUGCCCGUCCUCCCUUCCUCCCAUCCUUCCUUCCUGCCAUUCUUCCUCUCCUCAUCCUCCCUCGAUCCAGUCCCCCUUCCCCUUUCCAUCUCCCACUCUCCCACUCCCUUCCUCACGCCAACCCUGCUCCUCCGUUCCACCCUUCUACCUUCCCCCUUGUACCCAGCCGCACUUUUUCCUCUCAUCCGCCCAUCAUCUCAUCCGCCCAUCAUCUCAUCCGCCUGUCCUCUCAUCCGCCCAUCAUCUCAUCCGCCCAUCCUCUCAUCCGCCCAUCACCUCAUCCGCCCAUCAUCUCAUCCGCCCAUCAUCUCAUCCGCCCAUCAUCUCAUCCGCCCAUCAUCUCAUCCGCCCAUCCUGUCAUCCGCCCAUCACCUCAUCCGCCCAUCAUCUCAUCCGCCAAUCAUCUCAUCCGCCCAUCCUCUCAUCCGCCCAUCACCUCAUCCGCCCAUCCUCUCAUCCGCCCAUCAUCUCAUCCGCCCAUCACCUCAUCCGCCCAUCAUCUCAUCCGCCAAUCAUCUCAUCCGCCCAUCCUCUCAUCCGCCCAUCACCUCAUCCGCCCAUCCUCUCAUCCGCCCAUCAUCUCAUCCGCCCAUCAUCUCAUCCGCCCAUCAUCUCAUCCGCCCAUCCUCUCAUCCGCCCAUCAUCUCAUCCGCCCAUCCUCUCAUCCGCCCAUCAUCUCAUCCGCCCAUCCUCUCAUCCGCCCAUCAUCUCAUCCGCCCAUCAUCUCAUCCGCCCAUCCUCUCAUCCGCCCAUCAUCUCAUCCGCCCAUCCUCUCAUCCGCCCAUCAUCUCAUCCGCCCAUCAUCUCAUCCGCCCAUCCUCUCAUCCGCCCAUCAUCUCAUCCGCCCAUCCUCUCAUCCGCCCAUCAUCUCAUCCGCCCAUCCUCUCAUCCGCCCAUCAUCUCAUCUGCCCAUCAUCUCAUCCGCCCAUCCUCUCAUCCGCCCAUCAUCUCAUCCGCCCAUCCUCUCAUCCGCCCAUCAUCUCAUCCAUCCAUCCUCUCAUCCGCCCAUCAUCUCAUCCGUCCAUCCUCUCAUCCGCCCAUCCUCUCAUCCGCCCAUCCUCUCAUCUGCCCAUCAUCUCAUCCGCCCAUCAUCUCAUCCGCCCAUCCUCUCAUCCGCCCAUCAUCUCAUCCGCCCAUCAUCUCAUCCGCCCAUCAUCUCAUCCGCCCAUCCUCUCAUCCGCCCAUCACCUCAUCCGCCCAUCCUCUCAUCCGCCCAUCAUCUCAUCCGCCCAUCAUCUCAUCCGCCCAUCCUCUCAUCCGCCCAUCAUCUCAUCCGCCCAUCCUCUCAUCCGCCCAUCAUCUCAUCCGCCCAUCCUCUCAUCUGCCCAUCAUCUCAUCCGCCCAUCCUCUCAUCCGCCUAUCAUCUCAUCCGCCCAUCCUCUCAUCCGCCCAUCAUCUCAUCCGCCCAUCCUCUCAUCCGCCCAUCAUCUCAUCCGCCCAUCAUCUCAUCCGCCCAUCCUCUCAUCCGCCCAUCAUCACAUCCGCCCAUCAUCUCAUCCGCCCAUCUGUCAAACUAUAUACGUGCUAGUUCUGUGUAG